CCUGAUGAUCCUCUCCAGGUUGGGGAAGUUGGCCAGGCACAGAUACGAGAGAUGGUACAGCAGUGCCGUCUUCUCUGCAGCAGGGAGAAGAUCCUCCACGAAUGAUGGGCUCCAUUGAGAAUUGUUUACAGGUCUUCUUUCCGGGAGCGAUCACAGAACAUUUAUGGGACGUGUUUACAUUCUGCCAAUUUUAGAUCAUUACAGCAAUGGAAAACAAAAUAGGAGAAUGGAGCCCUGAAAUGCCGGCAACUCAAGAAAUCCAGGAGAUCAGUGAUCAGGUGAAGCCAGAUGCAGAGAAAGCUGUUAAUCAGAAAUUUGUCGAUUUUACUGCCAUAAGAUAUAAAGUUUUAUUUCUUUGUGGAGGAACACAUUACUUAAUCAAGGUAAAUGUAGGAGGUGAUGAAUACAUUCAUCUGAAGGUGGUUCGCGUUCUCAUGAGUCAAGGGAUUGAAAAGAUUCAGUUUGAUGGAUACCAGUACCCAAAAACCUUAGAUGACCCUCUAACACCCUUUUAAGUGUCUAUAAAACAGCUCCCAUGUUUCACAGGUUUCCAAUAUAUUUAA